AUGCAGCCGCCUGUCCACUUCAUCGGUCUUCUCCCGAUGCACCCUCGAGGGAAGAGUCAGGCGUUCUCGACCCUUUCCCCCUCAGUCCUGGUCGUGACAUGCACGAGGGGUGGGGACAUCGCUCUGUUUCCGGCAGACGGCGACCGCGCGCCUCUCGCGACUGCGGCCACCAGCCACGCUUUUCCCGUCACAGCUUUCGCCGCCUUUCAUCGGCCGCAAGAAGAGCAUCUCGGAUUCCAGGAGAAAGUUGGACGAUUUCUCUCGCUCCGGCCGGCGGCGAAGCUGGAACUAGACUUGGUUGUUCACCACGCGUUUCUGUCUUCGUCCUCGGAGAGAACAAUCACGAAUUUCCUCGUCAUUUCCCAUAAGGGCGAGAAACUGUUUCUCGUCGCAGACUCUCAAGGCUGGGUCACGAUUCUCUCGCGAGCGGGGACUCUCCGCAGGCGCGUAAAAGUCGCCGAGGAGGCGGGAGGGGUUACGCACGUCGUUCACUGCUCGGGAGUCGUCGUCUUCAGCACGACGCGAACCUUCGCCGUCUUCAGUGUGGCAACCAUGGACGUCUCAGGCGCGAUUGGGACUGUCGACGCUCGGUCCCCGAUCGCCUCUCUUGCGAUCGACCCGACUCGGCAAACGCGGCUGGCGGUCGCCCUCGAAGACGGACAGAUCCUCUACUAUGAUUUAAAAAAGGCAUCUCUGCUCCACAAAUUUCCCAGCUCGUCUCGGGUGCCCACGCGUCUCAUCUUCACGAAGGAAAUGAUUUUCGCAUUGAGCGUCGACGAAGGCAAUGACAGUUUCUUGCUGGCCUUCGAUCUGCGAGAGGCCGAGGCGCCUCGGGCCAGCAUCGCUUUCGACCCACCCGCCGGUGCCUUCCGCCCCGCUGACAGAUUUCUGCUCGAAAACUUCCAAACUGGGGCUGUUGCCUCCUUCUUUCGCUUCGGAGAAACGUCUCUCCUCGCCGUCGUUUCGCGCCGAGGCGAUGAGAUUCGCCUGUUCGAGCCUCUGUCAAGACAGGGAUUGCCUCCUGAAGAAGAGCCUUGGUUUAACUUUCGAUUGCCGAUUCUCGUCCUGGCGUUGAUUGCCGUCCUCCUUUUCCGGCUCUUUCGAACGAACCGCCUUUCUUUUCAACGAACAGCAGACACAGACUUCUUCCGAGGGAAGUCUGAGUGGAAAGGCGGUCGACACGGGUCCGAAAACUUCCCCAACUUGCGGGAAGAUUUCUCUCGGCUGCUGGCGAAGGCGCGCGGGUCGACAGCGCGCCGACGCUCUUCCUCGUCGCUCCUGGAGCGGAGCACCGGCGGUAGAUUCCCGCGCGAGAAACGCAGGCGCUUUUUCCACGCAGACGGCGCCUCGUCUUCCUCCGAGAGAAACAGAAGAUGGGGAAGGCAAACGCACGCGCAAGGCGGCUUUUUCACCGCGCAUGCAGGGGGAGGAUCUCAGCCUGAGCAGGAUAUUUUUGGCGGGCGCGUGGCGCCCCGGUGUUCUUCCGACUCCGAUUGA